UUUCAAUGCAGAACUUCUUUUCUUGCAAGUGUUUGACAUCGGACCGGAUAUCAUUGUUGUUGAUCGACGUAGCUGUGUUUUGUUUUGUUUUUUAUUUUACAUUUCGGAUGAACGCGCAGUGCCGCUUAUUUCUAAGGACGUCUUGUUAAAUAACCGAAGCUCCGUUUUAGAUGUGUCGACAGUAAAACAUCUGAUCAUGGUGGAAAACUCUCCGUCUCCCCUGCCUGAGAGGGCCAUCUAUGGGUUUGUCCUCUACCUUGCCUCACAGUUUGGCUUCUUUCUGUAUUGUCUGUGGGCAUUUGUACCAGAGGAGUGGCUUCAUUUAAUAGGACUCACCUACUGGCCUCAAAAAUAUUGGGCCCUUGCUGUGCCAAUCUAUCUACUGGUUGCCUUAACGAUCAGUUUGGUGAUCCUGUUUGGAGUGAACAUGAACAACACGGCUCCGCUCGACUCUGUGGACAACAUAACAGAUAUGUAUGCCCAAGCCCAGGGGACAAACAGCUGCCACAAGGGGGGGAUUCCCAGACUCAAAGACGUUUCCAUUAGUGAAGUCAACAAAAUGUUCUAUUUGUCACCGCAAGCAAUAAAAAGCAGAAACUGAUGUUAGCUUGAGGCAGAGUGGAAGUGAAGCUGCUGAGGAUACAUACUUUUUAUAUAUGAGAUUGCUGUUCACCCUUUGUUUAUAAAAGAAGUACUGUAUUAUUUAUCUAUCUAUCCAGGAACACUGAACAUGGGAGCAGAGAUUUACUGAAUGUAUAGACUUUUUCUGAUACUUAAUACAUCUCUAUUGGAUAAAAUCGUGUCCUGUGAACAAACUAACAUACUAUCCAAGCAUCUUGUACACUGGAUGAAAAAGGUAGCAUAUGAUUAUAUUGAAUAAAUGUCGUACUUUUUACAUAUAUACUUGUUUUGUGCAAUCGUAGCACUAUUAUAUAUCUGAUAAUCUCUGA